CUCAUCAUCAACGCCACGAAAAAAUGUGUCAAUGUGUAAUUUUUUCUGUUUAUUUACAUACAAACAUUCGCAUUUUCUAUCCCCAUUCUUCCACUUUGUCACGCAAUAGAAUGAGCAGAAUUGGUUUGAAAUCUCCCCAUUGAAUUUAUUCUACUCGGUCGCCUUGAAUUAUGGUUUUGUCGCAUUUCUUGAAGAAAAAAACAUUCUUCCCCAUUUUGUGGGCCAUCAAUUGAAAAGAUAAUAUUUAUUUAGUGUAACAGGGUCAUGAAUGCCAUGAUUUGAUGCACUCGCUCUGUGAGAGUUUGUUACUUUGUGCAGUAAACUAUUUAUUUUGAAAAUGUGUUGCAGCGAUUGAAUGGCCAUUGUUGUCAGAAUUUGGGCGACGUUACGAGCGUCCGGAAGGGAAAUCUUACUGGUUGCAGAAAACGUCACCUGGUCCAGCUUGUUUGGAUUUGUUGGGUUCCAUCCGACCAAAGAUAUACCUCUUGGCCAAGAAAAUUACGGAAGCAGUGAACACUGAAGCCCAAUUGUUUGACGGUUUGGGAUUACAGAAUCAGCUCACGAUGCAAAUCAUUAUUAACUUUUUGGACCUAAAACGUGGCGAGAUUUGGUUGGAAAUGUUGCAACGUGUCAAAGACGACAAGUUUGAUUUGGUUCCGUCGGAUGCUGAGGUGAUCAACUGUUUGAGCACGAUCUCCAAAAAUAAGACGUCCGCCGUCUUGGACACACAACGUUAUCUUAUCCAGCGAUCGAAAGAAAAUGACGAAAUACAAGAACUUGAAUUUUACAAAGUGAUUCAAAAAUGUCACUUGCAAGACCAUCUAAAAGCACUUCGAGAAGCGGAUCUUAUGGCAAGAACGACAAGCUACGAGUAUUUGGUGGAGAGACGCUUGUGGCAAAAGACAGAGCUUCAAAAGGCACUCACAAAAGCUCCAACAUUCGCCAGAAUGCACAGAACGACGGAUGGACCGCUCAACAUCACAGUUUGGCCAACUCGAACCAAAGUCGUGGAUUCUGAAAUAAAUCAACUGGAGGGUGGCGACUCUGGAGACAAAGAUACUCCGACAAAGCAAGAUCAAGCCGUCGUGGUGGUGGCUUCUUCGACUCGAACUUCCUUCGACAUCAGUGAAUCUGUGGCGUCGUCAGUCAUGUCGAUGGGCACGUUUAAUGUGGGCGACCCUGCCGACCACUUCCCCCUCCUACCAUCCGCCGCCACAUUGACGGACAUGGAUGCCACCCCGCCGAGUGUUGAGGGAGGGUUUUACAUCGUUUCGGCUGAGGCUUUAAGGAAAGCCUUGCAAGUCUUGCUGGCCAAGGAUAAGAAGAAAAACUGGUUGAAACGCGUAAACGACGAGAAUUACUGGAGGGUGAGAGCAAAGUGGAAACAGGACUGGUACCCCGAGGAAAAUCUCACCAGGACAGCUUACAAAAUCUAAGAAUGGCAGGUCCUCUUGGUCAAUAACACAAUUAAACAACAGACGGCCCUGCCACUGACCGAUGGAAUAACAAUAAUUUAUUUGUAUAAUAGUGCUGAUGCUGACCAAUUUUUCAAUAAAAACGUUUUUGUGCCUGGUA